UUGCAGCUUAUUUAAUAACAUUUGAAAAGCAUGAAGAAUGGCUAACGACUUCCCCUAAAACAAGACCACAGAAUGGUUCUAUGAUACUGUACAACAGGAAGAAGGUGAAAUACAGGAAAGAUGGAUAUUGCUGGAAAAAGAGGAAAGAUGGGAAAACCACCAGAGAGGAUCACAUGAAACUGAAGGUCCAGGGAGUGGAGUGCCUAUACGGCUGUUAUGUCCAUUCGUCCAUCAUCCCCACUUUCCACAGAAGGUGCUACUGGCUUCUUCAGAACCCUGACAUCGUAUUGGUGCACUACCUGAAUGUACCUGCCAUAGAGGACUGUGGAAAACCAUGUGGUCCCAUCCUAUGCUCAAUAAACACAGACAAGAAGGAGUGGGCAAAAUGGACGAAAGAGGAACUCAUUGGACAGCUCAAACCGAUGUUUCAUGGCAUUAAGUGGACAUGCAGCAAUGGGAACAGCAGUUCAGGGUUCUCUGUGGAGCAGCUUGUACAGCAGAUCCUUGAUAGUCACCAGACCAAACCACAGCCUCGGACGCACAAUUGUCUCUGCACCGGCAACUUGGGAGCAGGUAGCAGUGUGCAUCACAAGUGUAACAGUGCCAAACAUCGCAUCAUAUCACCAAAGGUCGAACCAAGGACAGGUGGGUACAGCACUCACUCAGAGGUACAAAAUAAUGAUGUCUCUGAAGGCAAGAAUGAGCACAGUCAUGGCAAGACCUCCAGCCGGGAGAAGAGGAAUGGCAAAGUGGCAAAACCUGUGUUGCUCCAUCAAAACAGUACUGAGGUCUCUUCCACCAAUCAGGUGGAAGUUCCUGACACUACCCAGAAUUCUCCUGUGUCCAUCAGCAGUGGAUUAAAUAGCGACCCUGAUAUGGCUGAUAGCCCAGUAGUCACUGGUGUCUCCAGCAUGGCUGUUGCCUCGGUGAUGGGAAGUUUAUCGCAAAGUGCCACAGUAUUUAUGUCAGAAGUCACCAGUGAAGCCGUGUAUACCAUGUCACCCACCACUGGCCCAAAUCAACACCUCCUAUCCUCAGAUGCCGCUGCUCAAGGACUGGUACUGGCUGUGAGCUCAGAUGGCCACAAGUUUGCUUUUCCUACACCAGGCAGUUCAGAGAGCUUGUCUAUGUUGCCCACCAAUGUCUCUGACGAGCUUGUGCUCUCUACAACUCUGGAUGGUAGCAGAAAAAUUCCAGAAACCACUAUGAAUUUUGACCCAGACUGUUUUCUUAAUAAUCCCAAGCAGGGACAGACUUAUGGUGGAGGAGGCCUAAAAGGAGACAGCAUUAGUACCAACAUAAGACAGUCGCCCACAACAGAACGUGGGUUCAAUUUCAGUGCAGCCCUAACUAAAGAGAUUAAAACUGAGGACACUUCUUUUGAACAACAGAUGUCCAAAGAAGCGUUUUCCUCCACUUCUGCAUCUAAUUCUCUCACCCUUACUACAGGGUCAGGUCUGCUUCCAUCUGGAGGUGGACUGAGCCCAAGUACCACCUUGGAGCAAAUGGACUUCAGUGCCAUUGACUCCAACAAGGACUAUUCUUCCAGUUUCAACCAGACAGUCCAGAGUCCUCAUGUUCACCAGACCCCUUCCCCUAGCUUCUUUCUGCAGGAUGCCAGCAAACCUCUCCCUCUUGAACAAAACACCCAUAACAACUUGAAUGACACAAGUGGCUCUUUUGUGAACACUUUAGGAAUCCCCAAUGUGAAAACAGAAUCCUCCCAAACAACCUCUAAUUGCAAUGGCACAGUGGAAACUAGAAUAGAGUCCACCUCUUCUCUCCAGCUCAUGCAGUUCCAAGCAAACUUCCAGGCUAUGACUGCAGAAGCUGAAGUUCCCAUGGAGACCUCCCAGCAGGCAGAAGGGAAUGAAAAUCUUCUUAAAUCAGGGGAUCUUCAAGCCUGUAACACAGAGCACUACAUGCAGCCCGAGGCCAAUGGUGGUAUCAGGAAUGGGAAUAAUCUCCCUAUUCUCCAAGGAAAUAUGGUGCAAGGACUCUACCCAGUGGCCCAUCCCAGCUUAAACAACUCCUCCAACAUGGAGCUUAAUUUGGACCAUUUUGACAUCUCCUUCAGCAACCAGUUUUCAGAUCUUAUUAAUGAUUUCAUAUCAGUAGAAGGUGGAAGUAAUGCCAUCUAUGGGCACCAGCUGGUGUCCGGUGACAGCGCCGGGCUAUCUCAGCCUGAAGAUGGCAACAGAGCAACCUACAACCAGGCUGAAAUGUGCAUCCCUUGCUGCAGCCCUCAGCAAGCCAGCAUGCAGCUCAGCAGUGCCGAGAAUGGAGCCAGCACCAUGGCCUACAUGCAUGUUGCUGAGGUGGUCUCAGCAGCCGCAGCACAAGGCACCUUGGGGAUGUUGCAGCAGAGUGGGCGCUUGUUCAUGGUGACAGAUUACUCACCAGAGUGGUCUUACCCUGAGGGAGGCGUGAAAGUCCUAAUCACAGGCCCCUGGCAGGAAGCCAGCAAUAACUACAGCUGUCUGUUUGAUCAGAUCUCAGUGCCUGCAUCUUUAAUACAGCCAGGGGUGCUGCGCUGUUACUGUCCAGCUCAUGAUACCGGGCUCGUGACUCUGCAAGUUGCCUUCAACAAUCAGAUCAUCUCCAACUCUGUGGUGUUUGAAUAUAAAGCCAGAGCUCUACCAACCCUGCCUUCCUCCCAGCAUGACUGGCUGUCCUUGGAUGAUAAUCAGUUCAGGAUGUCAAUCCUGGAACGACUUGAGCAGAUGGAAAGGAGAAUGGCCGAGAUGACGGGAUCCCAGCAGCACAAACAAGGAGUAGGAGGCGGGGGCAACGGGAGCGGGAAUGGAGGAACCCAGACGCAAUGUGUGUCUGGGACCGGGACGUUGGGCAGCUGCUUUGAAAGCCGUGUGGUGGUGGUGUGUGAGAAGAUGAUGAGUCGUGCCUGUUGGACAAAGUCCAAACACCUGAUCCAUUCCAAGACUUUCCGAGGAAUGACCUUGCUACACCUUGCUGCUGCUCAGGGCUAUGCAACACUGAUCCAGACCCUCAUCAAAUGGCGCACCAAGCAUGCAGACAGCAUUGAUUUGGAACUGGAAGUUGACCCUUUGAACGUGGAUCACUUCUCCUGCACUCCACUGAUGUGGGCAUGUGCCCUGGGCCACAUGGAUGCUGCCAUUGUGCUGUAUAAGUGGGACCGCCGAGCCAUCUCUAUUCCUGAUUCUCUUGGGAGACUGCCACUGGCUAUUGCUCGUUCUCGAGGUCACGUGAAGUUGGCAGAGUGUCUGGAGCAGCUACAGCGAGAUGAGCAAGUUCAGCUUGGGCAAAAUCCCAGAAUUCACUGCCCUUCGAGUGGGGAGUCCAACACCGAGAGCUGGGUUGCCCAGUGGCAAAGUGAAAUCAUUACUUCUCAAGAGCCUCAGAAGGGUGUCACUGUUAUGUCCAGUUCAAAUACAGAGUUAAGACGACCAAGGUCUGAGCCCUCCAACUACUACAGCAGUGAGAGUCAGAAAGAUUACCCAGCACCCAAAAAACAUAAACUGAACCCUGAGUAUUUCCAGGCACGCCAAGAGAAGCUGCUUUCCACAGCACUGAGCCUGGAACAGCCAAGUGUCAGGAAGCAGAGUUCCAGCUCCAAGCAAUCCAUCUCUGAGACAAUCAGCCCCAGUGAAGGGAUAAGGGACUAUGGCAGGGAGCUCUCCCAGCACAUCCCGGAAGUUGCUGGGUACCGGGGCUCUGGUGGCCAGGCAGGAAUCAAGUGGAACCCAAAAGACAUUUAUAUUGGUGUGUCUGCAGUGCAGGUGACGGGAAGCCAAAAGGGGCUUGCGUUGGGGAAGGACACCGUAGCCCACCGGCUGCGUCAACGAGAGCAGAUGAAUGUGCUGAUGAUGGCUAACAGGGAGAUCGUGGAUGGGGAGCUGCUUUCCUACAGGGACAGUGUGGAGAAUGAGGACUGCUUACAGCACAUGGAUGAUUUGCAGGUGAACAUGAUGACACUUGCAGAGCACAUCAUUGAAGCAACGCCUGACAGGAUCAAGCGGGAGAAUUUUGUGCCAAUGGAGUCACCGCUGGUGGAGAGGACAGACACUGCUGCCAUUAGCACCACGAUGAGCUGGCUGGCCAGUUACCUUGCUGAUGUCGAUCAUAUACCAAGUGCUGCACAGAUAAGAAGUCUAUACAGUGAACCCCUGACCCCUUCUUCAAACACCAGCUUGAGCCCCGUAGGCUCACCAAUCAGUGAAAUAGCUUUUGAGAAACCCAGCCUUCCUUCCGCAGCAGACUGGUCAGAAUUUCUGAGUGCAUCCACCAGCGAAAGGGUAGAGAAUGAGUUUGCACAGUUAACUCUGUCUGAUCAUGAGCAAAGAGAACUCUAUGAAGCUGCCAAACUCGUCCAGACAGUGUUCAGGAAAUACAAGGGCCGUCCUCUCCGAGAACAGCAGGAAGUGGCUGCUGCUGUCAUUCAGCGUUGUUACAGAAAAUACAAACAGCUUACUUGGAUAGCCUUGAAGUAUGCACUUUAUAAAAAGAUGACACAAGCUGCCAUCCUUAUCCAGAGCAAAUUCAGAAGCUAUUAUGAACAGAAAAAAUUCCAGCAGAGCCGACGAGCCGCAGUGCUGAUCCAGCAGUACUAUCGCAGCUACAAAGAAUGUGGGAAGAGGAGACAAAAAAGUCGAGCAGCUGCCAUUGUACAACAGAAACUUAGAAGCAGUUUGCUCACCAAGAAGCAGGAUCAAGCUGCUCGCAAGAUCAUGCGGUUUUUACGACGCUGCCGCCACAGGACAGGCUAUGAAGCGCUGAAAGAUUUAUUUCCAGCUUCCCAGCCAUGCACGCAGAGUGAAAGAAUUGAAAAAGGCCAAGGAACCUGAAGAUACACAGCAGCAUCCCGUAGCAAUGUGACAUUGCUUUUCAGACUGUUUUCAUUUUCUGUUUUUAGCAGAGACAUGCAACAACAACAAAAAACCCACUGCAGUUCUGGGAAUCUCAGCUGCAGGAUUUUAACAGUAAUGUUUUGGUCAUUGCAUUUGCACUUUCAUGGACAACUUUUAAUUUGUUCAGCAAGACAUCUUGGAACUCAAUCUUCUGUUGGAUCAUGGGAAAAAAAGACACCAGGAGGAAUUUGUGAGUUGCUUCAUUCUCUCCAAAAGAAGCGAUUAAUUAUCCUUUUCAUAUAGGGCUGUAUUAAAACGUGUGGAACUGUACAAAUAUUAUACCAAAAAUAUUGUUAAGAAAAGGUGGGAAUGCACAAGCAACACAAGAAUGCUAUUCCUGCACCUGUCAAUCAUCUCCAAGAAACUGAAGCUUCAAGAGUCAGUGGAGGGGCUUAGAUCAGUAAAUCUUUAUUGGGUACAUGCAUUCUCAUUUCCUUUGCACUUCUGUCCUUUCUUUUUAUUUGAAUCUCUCUACAGCACACUUAAUGCAACUUUUUAAAUCUGCAGGUUUUUAAUACAUCCCCUGGAAAUUUACAGAGUGGGUUGGCAUAAAAGGCAAACGGGUAAUGCAUGGGAAAUAAAGAGAGCAGCUUGAGCAAGUUUUUAAAAGUUCCUUUUUUGGUAUUUUUUCUAGAACCUGCAAGUAUUUCAAGUGUCAUGUACUUAUUCUCAUAUUCAGCACUUUAUUUUUUGGCCUUACUUUUAAUUAUUUACUUAAAAUAGUUUGUAACGUAUGUAGCGCUCUUUUUUUUUUUUAAACAGUAAUUUUGUUGUUCUGAGCAGUCACGUACAUAUGUUGCCUGGACAUUUAUACCACCUAAAGAUCAGAGUGGUGCUCCAUCCUGGCCAGUAAAUUUCUUAUUUUGGCUAUUUCAUCAAAAUCUGGGCAGUUUCUGUAUAUAUAGAAGGUAGAAAUGGAAAAUGAGAAAUAAUAUUUGAAAGGGAAUAUAUUGAUUAAUUACUAAAUAUUUUAUUCACAAAGGGUCAAUAACUUGGCAAGAUAAAAUUAUUAUUUGUAUAGUUUUGUCUGAAUGAGCGAAAAGAGUGUGGAUGUAUUGUUUGUACAUAUUGUAUAUAUUAAAACAGAGAUAUGUGCAUGAAUUCAAGAAAAAAGAAAUGAAAAAAGCAAAGCAUUAGUGGCUAUGGUCUGUAAAAUGAAACAAAAACUUUAUUUCACUAUAAGAAACUUUAUUUUAAAUGUUCAUUAGAAGAACAUUUUGCUAAAGCAUGACUAAACUGCAAAAAAAAAAGAGCUACUGUAUUUAGACUUAGGAAAAAAGGCAGAGUAACUUUACUAAAAAAGGAUAUGUUUACAUUUGAUUUUGGCUACCGGGAGGUUUUUUUUAUUUUAUUUUAUUUUAAUUUUUUGCCAAUGGUGCCAAGUAAUGUGAAUGCUAAUAUUGCUUAAGAAAAUUAAGUUACUUUUGCAAAGCAGAUAAUCAUAAGAAUACAAAAACGUAUCUAGCUUAACACCAUACACUCACUCCAAUAAAGAACACUUAGAAUGAACAUAAACUGAAAAAAGAAAUAGUAUGAAAGUAGAAAAUAUGUUUCACAUUUUCAUAUCUCCUGCUGGAAGUCAGAAAAUGUAAUAAAAAUGCACAAAAAUUAAAAAAAAUAAAAAGUAAAACUUAAAAGAUGCAAACUGGUCUUGUAGGGGUGUCAUGGUAUAUUGCUAUUUCCACAUAGUGAGGAGCCAAAGAAAUCAGAUACUUUUAAAAUUGAAAUACUAAUUAAAUUGUCAUGAAGUUUAGACGAUAGGGGACUGAUCUUAAUUACACUAGUCUAUAUCAGGAGUAAAUCUCCUGAAGUCAGUGCAGUUACUCUGGAUUUACACAAGUGUAGCUGAAAUCAGAAAUUGCUUCUGUGACUUUAUGUUGCUAGUACCAGUUUAAAAUUUCCAAAUGGUUGGUGUAAAUUUUACAUAGUUUUGGAAUAGUUGCUCUUACUUGAUCCUGGCCACCAACUAAAAUGUUUAAACUCCAGGCUUUUUGUGAAGCCUAAAAAUAUUCACAAAUGAGAAGCUUUUAAACUGGUGUCUUUAAAAGAAGGGUAAACACAAAGAUUGUGGCAAAAAACUUGGGUCAGUGCUCUUGGUGCCUUUUCUAUAAUUGUACCUGGUUUUUAAUUACUUCCUUCCACUGCCAGCAUUGAAUUACAAUAUAUGUGCUAUAUAGCUCUUUAUCAGAACUCUGUACAUUUGUGAACUGCUGCUUUAUGACCUGAUUCAAUAAAAAAAAAUUGUCUGGCUCCCACACUGUGGCUGUGGCAGCCUCAUAAUCUCCAUAUAUUUUAUUGAAAUGGAACCUUAUACAUUAACUAUUCCACACACAAAUAAUCGGAACAGAAUUUGAAAAUAAACUCCUUUGGAAUGAACUGGAAUGCUCUGUAUUAAUACUGUAAAUACUCUGACAUUUUGAAAUAUAAAUGUUUGUCCCAUUGACUGGCAUUAUGACAAAUAUAAUUGAUCUUUUCCUAACAAGAAUAAUGACCUCAGUGGAAACAUUUUAACCCCUUAUAUUUGUACUUAAAUUUUCAGUAAAAUACAGAGCUAUUUCAAGUUACCCUUCCAGAUCCAUGGGCCUGGUGGUGUAUCUACUGAUAAAGACCUUGAUACAGCAAAAUAUUUACACACAUGCUUAAUGUUAGCCAUAUGAGUAGUUCUUUAACUUAAUGGGACUACUCACAUGCUUAAAGUUAAGUAUAUCCUUAAGUACUUUGCUGAACAUGGUUGUAACCUUUCAGUGAAUGUGACCACUAAAAAUGCUCCCCCAUUGAAAAAGCUUUUUUGCUUACCCCUUUCUUGACUGUGGAACUUAUUUCUGAUAGAAGAGAACGUAAGUGCAGCUUUCUUGGAUAAUCGGGAUUCCCAAGUGCCAGGAGCAGGACCUUCUUCUGCCUCCUGAAUAUGGAAUUGCUCCUUUGUGUAACACGUUUGACAUAAGUAAUACUGUGUGAAAGAAAUAAAGACUAUAACAUGACCUCCCUAUGUGGUUGCACGCUUACAGCAGUUCCACACAGUAGUUGGUGCCCAACAGGGGGUCCCCAGGACUUGCAUGUAAAAUUAGUAUAGGUGUCUCUUUUUUGUAAGUUUUAUUUUUGUAACUGUGCAUGUAAAGCAUCACUGGAUCAAUGGAUCUGUUGAAGAACUCAGCUGCUGGAACCAUGCAAAAUGUUUUGAAUUGCCCUUAAAAUAUGGAAAAUGUUUUCUGAAUGCUUUAUAUUCUUUCUGCUGUAAAUUAAAAACAAAAAAUUUCCCCAUA